AUGUCCGGCGUGGUGCGCACCCUGAGCCGCUGCUUGCUGCCAGCCGAGGCCACGGGCCGCGCCGGGGAGCAGCCGCGGCGGGAGGGCAAGGAGCGGAGCCGCGAUGCGGAGCGGGAGGCGCGGCGGCGGAGCCGGGAGAUCGACGCGAUGCUGGCCCGGGAGAGGCGGGCUGUCCGCCGCCUGGUCAAGAUCCUGCUGCUGGGUGCCGGCGAGAGCGGCAAGUCUACUUUCCUCAAGCAGAUGCGAAUCAUCCACGGCCGCGAGUUCGACCAGAAGGCGCUGCUGGAGUUCCGGGCCACCAUCUACGAGAACAUCCUCAAGGGCUGCAGGGUUCUGGUUGAUGCACGGGACAAACUGGGGAUCCCUUGGCAAUACACCGAGAAUGAGAAGCAUGGAAUGUUUUUGAUGGCUUUUGAAAACAAAGCUGGAAUGCCCAUAGAGCCUGCCACCUUCCAGCUGUAUGUGCCUGCGCUGGGCGCACUGUGGAGGGAUUCGGGAAUCAAGGAAGCCUUCAGCCGUCGCAGCGAGUAUCAGCUGGGUGAAUCCGUGAAAUACUUCCUGGAUAACCUGGAUCGGAUCGGUCAGCUGAAUUACUUCCCCAGCAAGCAAGAUAUUUUGCUGGCUAGAAAAGCCACUAAGGGGAUAGUAGAGCACGAUUUCAUCAUUAAAAAAAUACCUUUCAAAAUGGUGGAUGUAGGUGGACAGAGAUCUCAGCGUCAGAAGUGGUUCCAGUGCUUUGAUGGAAUAACUUCAAUUUUGUUCAUGGUCUCUUCCAGCGAAUACGAUCAGGUUCUCAUGGAAGACAGGCGCACAAACAGACUUGUGGAAUCCAUGAAUAUCUUUGAGACAAUAGUCAAUAACAAGCUUUUCUUUAAUGUUUCUAUUAUCCUAUUCCUCAACAAGAUGGAUCUUCUUGUAGAGAAGGUAAAGACUGUCAGCAUUAAGAAGUAUUUCUCGGACUUCAAAGGCGACCCUCACAGGCUAGAUGAUGUUCAGCGUUACCUGGUGCAGUGCUUUGACAGAAAGAGGAGGAACCGUAGUAAGCCUCUCUUCCAUCACUUCACCACUGCCAUAGACACUGAAAACAUCCGCUUCGUGUUUCAUGCCGUGAAGGACACCAUCCUUCAAGAGAAUCUGAAGGAUAUUAUGUUGCAGUGA